AAUUAAAAUAAGUUGUCUUGAUUUAACCGACAACGCAAGUAACCUAUGAAAUUUCACUCGGCGUUUUCUAUCCUGACACUUAGAAUUACUUUGCUGGGCCAGGCGUCACUAUGCCACAUUACAAAGAACCCCCACCGAAAAAAAAUGGUGACGUCUCCUGUUGUCAGUAACGAGAACAGCGCUCAAACAAUAUGUGACUAUGCCAUUUCCAAACCAGUCCUUAAGUUAUACAUGCUAACCAUGACAUGAUAUGUGCACGAGUAACCAGCCAAUUGGAUGUCUCCUAACGACCAUGUCGAAAAUUAAAAUAAUAAAUGUUCUUCCUUGUACGAGUUUGACAACUCAAGUAACCACGUUUGGUGGCAAAUACGAAAACACGGGGUUGGUGGAAUCGCUACAGGAAGCACUCAAGUUAGCUAACUUGGCUAACAGUAUUUGUCGUUGCCAAGCCUCAUUCGACCAAUAACUAGGUAUCCAUACUGACUUUGAAUGAAGAAGCUUGGGAAAAUCCUCCAAUGGCUGUGUAGGAACCGUUGCCUGGAGACAGCACUUGCGCGUACAACUUGGAACAACUCAGCAACACAGUGACGUCAAGAGGAAAUCCAGACAUCUUGGUCGUCGUUCCAUAUCAGUGAAGGUAUCGAUAGCUUACUUCUGCGCAACUGGAUUAAGAAGAACGUCUGUAUGCCAAGCUUAUCACAAUGAGGUUGAAAACAUCCCUUCUGAAGGAGCCCAAACACAGAGAAUUGGUGAGCUGUGUGGGGUGGACCACCGCAGAUGAGCUCUACUCGUGCAGUGAGGACCAUCAGAUACUAAGGUGGAACCUGCUGAAUAACGAGACCAAUGUGGUGGUGAACAUGCAAGAGGACAUCUAUCCCAUUGACCUGCACUGGUUUCCCAAGAGCAGCGGUGGGAAGAAGCAGGCCCUGGCUGAGAUAUUUGUACUUACCAGCACAGAUGGCAAGUUCCAUUUGGUGUCAAAAACUGGCCGCAUUGAGAAGAGUGUGGAGGCUCACCGAGGUGCAGUGCUGGCCGGGCGCUGGAACUAUGAUGGGACUGCCCUCAUAACAGCUGGCGAGGAUGGUCAGAUUAAGAUCUGGUCCAAGAGUGGGAUGCUGAGAUCAACUCUAGCCCAGCAAGGGUCUCCGGUGUACUCGGUGGCCUGGGCCCCUGACUGUGACAGGAUCCUGUACACAUCAGGCAAGCAGCUCAUCGUCAAGCCUCUGCAGCCCAGCUCCAAAGUGCAGCAGUGGAAAGCCCAUGAUGGCAUCAUUCUGAAAGUGGACUGGAACUCUGUGAAUGACUUGAUAUUGUCUGGAGCAGAGGACUGCAGAUAUAAGGUGUGGGACUGUUAUGGACGCCUCCUGUACGUGUCCUCGCCUCACGACUACCCCAUCACCUCCGUGGCCUGGGCGCCUGACGGAGAGGUGUUUGCUGUGGGCUCCUUCAACACGCUCAGACUCUGUGACAAGACUGGGUGGUCGUACGCGCUGGAGAAGCCGAACACAGGUAGUGUGUUUGGCGUGGCGUGGUCGGCUGAUGGCACGCAGCUGGCCGGGGCGUGUGGAAACGGCCACGUCAUCUUCGCCCAUGUGGUGGAGCAGCGCUGGGAGUGGAAGAGCUUCCAGAUCACACUCACCAAGAGACGCGCCAUGCAGGUGAGGAACGUCCUGAAUGAUGCGGUGGACAUGCUGGAGUUCAGAGACCGUGUGGUUAAAGCGUCACUGGCCAACGGCCACCUGGUGGUCACGACCUCCCUGCAGUGCUACGUCUACAGCACUAAAAACUGGAACACGCCACUGAUCUUCGACCUGAAGGAGGGAACCGUGAGUCUGAUUGUACAGACGGAGAGACAUUUUCUGUUGGUGGAUGGAGGAGGAAUCUAUGUGUAUUCAUAUGAGGGUCGUCUGGUCUCCUCUCCCAAGUUCCAGGGCAUGCGCACGGACAUCUUGAAUGCCCAGUCAGUCUCCAUCAGCAACGAUACGAUAGCCAUCCGAGACAAAACUGACGAGAAAGUCGUCUACCUGUUUGAUGCCCAGACGGGGAAACCUCUGGGAGAUGGCAAGCCUCUAACACACAAGAUGGAGGUGAUGGAGAUUGCUUUGGACCAGUGUGGCCCAGCCAGCGAUCGCAAGAUUGCCCUGAUCGACAAGAACCGUGACCUGUACCUGAGCUCUGUCCGCCACCUCAGCCGCAGCGAACACAGCAUCAUCAAGAUAGGUACCAUGGUGAAGACGAUAGCGUGGAACGACUCUGUGAACAUUCUGAGCGGGGUUCAGGACGAACAGUUCACCGUGUGGUACUACCCCGGCGCUGUGUUCGUGGACAAAGACCUGCUGCCAAAGACACUCCUCAUGAAGGAUGCCAGUGAGCUGAGCAGCACGCCGCACAUCCUGAGCUAUGUGGGCACCCAGGUGACGGUGAGACGAGUGGACGGCUCUCUGGUGUACAACGCCGUGUCGCCAUACCCCGCCAUCCUGCACGAGUACGCCAGCACUGCCCGCUGGGAGGAUGCCCUACGCCUCUGCCGCUUCGCCAAGGAUCAGGCUCUGUGGGCGUGUCUUGCUGGCAUGGCGGUGGCCAAUCGGGAGCUCACCACUGCUGAGGUAGCCUAUGCAGCCAUUGGAGAGGUUGAUAAAGUCCAGUACAUCAACUUCAUUAAGGAGCUGCCCUCUAAGGAGUCCUCCCUGGCCCACAUGCUCCUGUUCAGCGGACACCUGCAGGAGGCAGAGGCCACGCUGAUGCAGGCCGGACUCACCUACCAGGCCAUCCAGGUCCACAUCAACCUCUACAACUGGGACAGGGCCCUGGAACUGGCAGUGAAGCACAAAACACAUGUGGACACAGUCCUCGCUCAUCGACAGAAGUUCCUGCAAGACUUUGGCAAGAAGGAAACUAACAAGCGUUUCUUGCAAUACUCCGAAGGGGUGGAGGUGGACUGGGAGAAGAUCCAGGCGAAGAUUGAGAUGGAGCUUGCCAAAGAGCGCGAGAGGGCUGCCACGACGUCAGUCAGGAGCAGCGUAGCCGCCCGCCGCUGACCCCUCUCAUUAGACACUGUUAGGAGGAAAAGGUACUAUCCAGAACCCUGAAGGUCCUUUGGUGUCUUAUUGGAGAAUUCAGAAAGGUCUAGUGAAGAACCGAUAUCAAGGUUAUUAUUUAGGCUCUUUACUGGAUAAUUGGGUAUUGGAUAGCACCUUACUCCUCUAUUGGGGACAAGAAAAAAAAAUUGAUGUGAUGAGUAGUCUGUAGAAAGACUGGCAGCUGCAGAUGGACUGGGCCUGAAUGAGCGUGUUCACUCGGAACGCUGAACGCUGAUAUCUGUGUCUGUUUGGUUGGGGAAAAGCCCUGUCGCCACACCAGGCCAGGCUCAGUCAUACACAUUCACAUAGAACAGCAGUGGCCUGGAGCUCCUCAAGCACCCCCUCUUCAGACCGCUUUCUCUCUGUCAGUGGGACUGCGUGGGACCACCAGACCACCCUACUGCCAGGGGGGAGAGAUUCAGUUCUAAGGCCAAUACACAGUGUGCUGACAUGUUCCCUGUGGAUAAGGUCAUCAUUCCACCUUCAACCCCCUCUUACACACGGUGACAGCAAGUCAUCUUGCAAAGGUGAAUUUUAGACUAACACUACCUUUGUAACUGUGAAGAAGCACCGUUAGGAUUUCCUAAGUCCUGUAUAUCAAUGUCAUUUUCUCUACAGAACACUUCUGAUUUAUUCCAAUCUGUUUAUUUAUUUUAUUAUUUUCCUUCCAGUGAAUGUUUCCAUGAUCUGAGGAAAGACGUGACCUUUAUCUUAACUCUACUUUUGUUUUUGUUAAUUGUUUGUGAUUGUUAUUUCAUUUUUAAGUUCUUCAGUGGGCUACAUCCCAAGUUCAAGGUGUGUAUAUAUUUUUGUAUCACUCUUGGUGUGUAUUUAUAAUAUCUUACAUUUUAUACUUAUGUAUUUUCUUUGUACAAUUUAAAAGAACAUAUUUAAUAAAAAUAUAUGUGGAGUGAA